UUCUCCUGCACGCAGCUGCAGUAACUGAGUGUGUCUCCUGGGUCUGAAUUCACUGCAGCACACAGAAAAAGGCAGGACGGCUGUUUUCAUACGAUGUGCUAAAGGAUGGUGCACCAGGAGAAACGCGUCUAUCAGGCCCAGAGGAACGAGAGGGAGUCCAUCAGGCAGAAACUUGCCCUUGGCAGUUUCUAUGACGACGAGCCCGUCAUCUACACCAGCAGCUGCAGCAAAAAUGGACCGUCCUCCCGUCGGCAAAGUGCUGUGAAUCUGCAGGUGUGCUUUGUCAAUGACAGCAGCAGUGACAAGGACAGCGAUGCAGAGGACAGUAGGACAGAGACCAGCCUGGACACUCCUCUGUCACCUGUGAGCAAGCAGAGCUCCUCUUUGUCAGACCGGGACACAGCGGAGGAGGAUUCAGACCCUUUAGAUGACUGUGGGGGCUUCUGGAGGGUGCAGAGGAGGCUCCAGGAGGAGGCUCGCGUGGCUCUGGCCCUGGCACGGCCCAUGGCUCGAAUGCAGGUGGAAGUGGAAAGGCAGAUCCAGCUUCAUCGGAGGUCACCUGUGGCUGACCUGCUUCCUAAUCUUCCUCACAUCAGUGAGGGCCUAAUGAAGAGGACGCUUCGGAGAGGGGACAUGAGGGACAUGAAUCUUGGACAACUGCAAGUCAUCACUAAUGACUUACACUCCCAGGUUCAGAGUCUAAAUGAGGAGCUGGUGCAGCUGCUGCUCUUGAGGGAUGAGCUUCAUGUUGAACAGGAUGCUAUGCUCGUCGACAUUGAAGACCUUACCCGGCAUGCUCAUACUCAUUACCGACACCAAGCAGAGAAAGCUAUGUCAAAAUAAAAGCCCUGCUCCUGUGUUCUGCACGCCACCAACAUACAACAUGGUCCAACAUGUUACUAAUGACUCCAUCUGUACUGACUGUCCUUAGAACAUUAAGUGCAUCAUCCCUUUGGAUAACACACUACUGCAUUACUGGAUAAUGUUGGAGAAAGGGUAGAGCUGUGUGCAUUGUGCAGAAAAGAUUUUCACUUCUUUUCAUAGCAUGAACAAACAAUAUGUGACUAGGCCAGAUAAAUAACCCCAACUUCAGUUAAAAUGAAUUUCACAAAUAUGGUCUUUAUUUGAACUUCUACAACUAUUGUUGCCAAGCAAGUGAAUGAUUCAUACAUAAAACAUGAAAUAUAUUGAGUAUAUACAGUAUAUUGACAUGGCUACACAGUAUCAUAUUUACAUACAGUAUAUGUAGUUAUCAGCUUCACUUUGUUGCUCUAAUACGGCAGCAGCUUUAUCAAUGACAGUUGGAUGAUGGCACAGGACGGCUUCACCUCAAAUGUUAAAAUGUUUUGAGAAUUGUACUAAUGUAUUAAGAUGUUUCAUUUGCCAAAUGUGCUCCACAUUUUAUGGUUCCAUUUAGAGGGAUAGUUAAUGCAAAAGUGGAGACAACUUUACAUACAAAAUAUGCAAUGCGUUUUGCUCAAGUUUACUAAUGAGAUGUGUUUAUGUAAACAACAUAAAAAGAGAUAUUUAUUUGUCAAUACAUAUUUAUGGACACCGUGUGUAACUGUAAAA